AUGGGACGAGCUAAAUUGAAUAUGCAUCUCAUAAGUGGUGAGAAAGCUAGAUUAACAACUUUUCAAAAAAGGAAGAAGGGUUUGAUGAAGAAAGCCUAUGAGCUCCAAACUCUUUGCUCAGUUGAUGUUUGUUUAAUCAUAUACCAUCCGGAAACAAGUGAAUCCCUCUCGAAGCAUCCUGAAAUAUGGCCUUCAGACAACGAAAAGGUUGGAAGGAUGAUCGAGUCCUACAAUAGACAACCGAUUGACGAUCAGAAGAGAAGGACCAAUGACUUGUUGUUUUACUUCGAGGACCGCAACAAGAAAGUUGAGGAUACACUUAUAAAGUUGAGAAAGAAGAACAACGAGAUUCUAUAUCCGACGUGGGGGGAAAGGUACUUAAAUUUUAGCGAGGAUGAAUUGAGGAAUAUAGCUAGUGUCUUGCAAAACAAGUUUGAUGAAGUUAGGGUUAAGGUUAACAUGUUGAAGAAUAUCGAUGAAAAUAAUGGUCAUAACUCUCACCAACUUGGAUUUAUUACACAAGACCAAUCUUCUCCCUACCUCAUGAACGAAGCCAUGUUAGGGUUUUUCCGUGAUUCCCUGAACUACAUGACACCACCAACAAUGAUGCUAAACAACAACAAUGAUUAUUAUGUUAACGGUGACAAGGGGUAUGGCCAAAGUUUUUGUAACCAAACCGAUAACUUCUCUUCAGCUUAUUCCUAUACAAAUCCUCAGACAAUACCUUAUCCGAUGGAAAACAAGAUGAUGGUUAGUCCUGAUGUUUAUUGUUCUCCUUUAGGGUACCCUGGUCCAACAAUGCCACAAAUGUUGGAGACAAGUUUUAUGCCAUGUGGGUCUUUUCAAGGGUAUAAUAUGGAACUUGCACCUCCCAUUAAUAACAACGGGUAUAGUAAUGUCAUGAAUGGUUGUUACUAUGGGAGCAGUAGCAAUGGAUCACGAUUUGAAAACUGA